AUCUGCUUAAAUACGUAAGUUACCAUUCUUGCACGGCUCAUCCUUACACAUGCUUGCAAUGCAUGCAUGCAACAUUGUCCUCAGAGUUCAUGUCGGAUUAUUUACGUAAGUACAUGCAUGUUAAUGUGAUUAUAGCUAACGUCGCUAAUUAAUUAAUUAUAUCUUCCGCCGCAUCUGGUGAACUUGCUGCAGCCGCGGUUGUAGGGGCGAACGGCGGCGUGUGAUCGGCAGUUAUAAUAGGAAGCCCCGCGACGAUUGCAGGGGAUGCUGUCCUUCUGCAUGGCGGCGUAGCUUAUGUAUCUGCUCUGGGACAAAAAUCUCCUUGACACUUCCGAUUCCAUCAUCAAUUCCUCCGCCGCAUCCUCUAUGUCCAUCGAUCCGCCACUCUCUGCACCGGCAAACGAGCCGGCGACGCUCAGGAAGAUUGAGUCUUGUUUUGACUUUACCGAUGACGACGCAACUUUAUUUUUGGCUAGGAUAAGGAUGAUGACGAGGAGGAGAAGGCCAUGUUGCUUACUUGUUAUUGCCAUAUCCGAUAUAAGGGGAGGGAGGUAUGGGGAUGAUGAUGCCGUUUUUAACUUUCAAGAUCGCAAAUUAAGCUUAAUGGUGUUUU